AUGUCAGAUCAUGGGAUGCAAUCGAAUAGGGCUCAAUUUAUCCGAGCGGCCUGGCGAGGGAGAGAGAUUGAUGAGCCGAUUCAAGCCCUAAGAGACCCCACCUAUCCACCAGACAAAUCACUCGGACAAAACCAACAAAAUGGAGAUUCUGGAUUGAAAGACUUGUGGCAGGUUGCCUAUGAGAGUGAGAAACUGAGUGAUAAAGACCGACAAAAUCUGUCACCAACCCAAGCCACUACCGAAUCAUGUUGCGUUGAUGGCCAUGGCCACCGUGUCAAAACAGUGCAAUUGAUAGAUAAGGUUGUCCGAUUGACCGAGAAGCAAUAUGAGAACUAUUGUAAGGGGGGAUGGAACAUAAGUCAAGGGGCAGGCAAGGAAGAUAUCAAGCUUCGAGAUGUUGGGCAGAGAAUACUUGAUGCUACGCUAUCCUUCAAAGAUAUCAUCAGCAAAGUUGCAGUUUUUGAUCCUACUGGCCAUGCAUCAAGUGCUUGGGGAAUUGUAUCACUUGGAUUGACAAUGACUCAAAACCAUAUCAAAAUACGAAAUGCUCUAUUCAAAUCUUCCGAAUUUCUCACCGAUGUCCUCGCUCGCUGUGCCUUCAUUGAAAAGGAACACUACCAUAAAAAUCAAUUUGAAACCAAAAACGAGUUGGAAAAGGCUAUUAUUCAAGUCUAUGUUGGUAUACUGCAGUACACAGCGCAAGUUCAUGCGAUGCAGAAAGCUGGAGCAGGAUUGAAAACGCUAGAGAGUGUUUCUGAAGUAACCGAUCACCCAAUUAUACAAAUACAAUCUUAUAUUGAAAACGACGAACGGAAACUACAUCACUGGGUUGAUAGGGAUCAGCAUCUCAAGCAAAGCAAGCAAGCAGAAAAUAUACUUGCUGGGAUUGACAAAAUCUUUUUUUCAAUCCAAAACCUCCACCAAAAACUUGAUCUCCAUAACCUACAGAAUUCCGAGGGAGCUUCAUUUGACUCAUACAUGGACCAACAUGAAAGUGAAUGCCUUUCUGGAACAAGAACAGCGCUUCUUAAGCAGAUUGAGGAGUGGGGAUGCUCUUCACAAAGCCAAUGCAUCUUCUGGUUGAAUGGAAUGGCAGGAACGGGGAAAUCAACAAUUUCGCGAACAGUGGCGAAGUCUUUCCAGGAAAAGGGUCUACUGGGAGCGAGCUUCUUCUUCAAAAGAGGCGAAGGUGACCGUGGUAAUGCAGGAAGGUUCUUUUCAACCAUCACAAGACAACUUAUAACCACAAUCCCUCAGCUCGCGCCUGACGUCUCAAAAGCCAUUGUGGCUGAUCCUGAUAUUUCCACAAAGUCACUUAGGGAUCAGUUUCAUAAACUGCUGCUUCAGCCUCUACACAAUCUGGAUCUGGAUGAUCAGACUACUCCUGUGAUCGUGAUUGAUGCAUUGGAUGAAUGUGACGGAGAUAAAGAUAUACAACUUUUAUUACAACUCUUCCCACAAGUGCAGAAGUCAAAUUCUGUUCAGCUACGGGUCUUUGUGACCAGCCGCCCCGAACUACCGAUACAACUAGGUUUCCAGGAUGCCGAAGUCAGAGGCAACCAUCGCGAUUUAGUUCUCCAUGAGAUACCGAAUCCAGUGAUCAAGGAUGACAUAUCCUUAUUCCUGAAGCACAAACUCAAAAAAAUCAAGGAGCAAAGAUCACUACCUGAAAACUGGCUAGAAGAUUCUGAUGUCCAGACUCUUGUUACAAUGUCUGUUCCAUUGUUCAUCUUUGCAGCCACUGUGUGCCGUGUAUUUGAGGACUAUGAUCUGGACCCUGUGAAAAGCCUUGCUGAGAUCUUGGAGUAUCAGAGUGAAGAAUCUAAGCUUGAUGGAACAUAUCUUCCAGUCCUAAAUAGACUUUCUGCCAAUCAUGGGGAGAAAAGGAAAAGAGAACUGGUUAAAGAAUUUCAAGACGUGGUUGGUACAAUUAUUAUUCUUGAGAGUCCGCUUUCAAUUAUUUCCCUCUCAAAGCUCCUUGGUAUCCCCAAAGGAUUGAUUAAUACCCGGUUGAAUCGACUACACUCAGUCCUCCAAAUACCAGAUCAUGAGACUAUGCCUGUCAGGCUUUUCCACUUGUCAUUCCGAGAGUUCCUCCUUGAUACGAACACACGUGAAAAGACUCCAUUUUGGAUAGAUGAGAAAGAGAUGCAUCAAAAGAUUGCAGUUCAGUGCCUGACAGUCAUGUUUCGCUGCCUGAAAAAGAAUAUGUGCAACCUGGAAAGUGAAGGUAUGCAGCGAACAGAGAUUGAUAGAGAUUCUAUCAAUAGGUUCAUACCACCAGAACUGCAAUACUCUUGCCGAUAUUGGACACAGCAUCUAGCACAGGGCAAGGAUCCAAUAUCUAAGAUGGAUAAUGCUUUUUUAUUUCUGCAAGAGCAUUUUCUUCACUGGGCUGAAGUGAUGUGCAUUCUAGGUUAUGCAUCUGAGAUUGUGCAAGGAAUUGAGAGGUUGCAGUCACUCAUACAUAAUAAUGCAAGCUCUGAAUUAUCAGAAUUCCUCCAUGAUACAAGACGAUUCAUGAUGAAAUAUCGACACAUAGCUGACAGUGCGCCCCUUCAACUAUAUUGUUCAGGGCUGAUAUUUGCUCCAUCGAAAUCAAUUGUCAGAGAGACAUUUGGUACAGAGAUGCCUAAAUGGAUAUGUAGAUUACCAACGGUCGAAGAAUUUUGGAAUGCAGAAUUAGAGACCCUUGAGGGCCAUAAUGGCUGGGUCAACUCAGUGACAUUCUCACAGGAUGGGCGAUGGCUGGCUUCCGGCUCCUAUGAUGACACCAUCAAGCUCUGGGACCCGGUUAGAACUGAGGUGUCUAUCCUUAAUAAGGACUGGGUCGCUCUACAGGGCAAGAAAGCUUUAUGGCUACCCCCUGCCUAUCGACCAAGUUGUGUAGAAACUGGAGAUGGCAAACUAGCUAUGGGACAUUUAUCUGGGCGUAUUUCAUUUUUUCAGUUUUGUCUCUGA